AUGGAUAAAUAUACCACCAGAGAGGCACGGGAAGCACCUGGGUGGGAGGAGAUCAUCGAACUUCAUAAUGGCCGCAGCGAGGAGGAGCCACUUUCCAUGCCACCUACUGUCAUCAAAUUGCAAGAGCAAUGGUUAGAGCUGGCUCGUUUCCACAUCCAACGACUUCGGAGAGAGAUACAUCAGAAGGAACAGAUGAUUGCGAAUUUGCAGGCGGAAAAUCGCAUGUUAUUGCUGCGAAAUGCUCACGAUCAGGAGAAAAAGAGAGCCAACCUCACAGAUGCCAAUAACCGCGACAAACCUCCACAAAGACAACGAAAGGUCUGGCGCUACUAA